AUGAUUUUGUCAAAGCUUGUGACCAAUGUCAAAGGCAAGGGGGAAUUUCAAGAUGAGUUGCCAAUGUCAUCGAUUCUUGAGGUGGAACAGUUUGAUGUGUGGGGAAUUGAUUUCAUCGGUCCAUUCGUGAGCUCUUACAACAACAAAUACAUCCUGGUGGCGGUUAAUUAUGUGUCUAAAUGGGUUGAAGCCGUGGCGCUUCCAAAUAAUGAAGGAAGAUGUGUCGCCGCCUUCUUGAAAAAGAGCAUCUUUUCAGGAUUUGGUACCCCAAGGGCAAUUAUUAUUGAUGGGGGCUCUCAUUUUUGCUACCGGUUGUUCAAAGUUCUUCUUCAGAAAUAUGGAGUCAAACAAGUUGCCACCCCCUAUCAUCCCCAAACAAGUGGGCAAGUGGAGGUAUCGAAUCGGAAAAUCAAAAUCAUUCUAUCCAAGACCGUGAAUGCUAAUCGGACGGAUUUGUCAAGAAAAUUGUAUGAUGCUCCAUGGGCUUAUCGGACGGCUUACAAGACACCAAUAGGCAUGCCUCCUUACCAAUUGGUGUUUGGCAAAGCUUGUCAUCUCCCAGUGGAACUUGAGCAUAAGGCAUUAUGGGCCUUGAAGAAGUUGAAUCUAAAUUGGGGUGAUGCCUCAAACUUGAGGAUGGAUCAACUUAAUAAGCUGGAUGAAUUUCGUUUUAGAGCAUAUGUUAUCUCUUCACUCUACAAAGCCCGCAUGAAUCACUUCCAUGAUAAAAAGAUCUUACAAAUCUGCCUUGAGGAUAGGGUGUUGUUGUUCAAUUCAAGACUCCGAUUGUUUCCCAAAAAAUUGAAAUCUAAGUGGUACGGCCCCUUUGAAGUAACACAAGUGUUCCCACAUGGAGCAAUUGAAACUGCUUGUCCAAAUGGAGAUCAUAUCAAAGUGAACGGACAACGGAUUAAACAAUAG